UCCAUCCGUUAUUUCAUGAGAAUAAGAUAAAAGAAGCGUGCGCGUAUAUUGAUUGCGAACCAGUUUCCAACAAACAUUUCAGCGGUAAACACCUGUGAUCGCAUAACAGAUUUGGUGUAAAGCGUCAACAAUUUUUUUAACGAAUUCAGUGGCUUUGCUUUCAUUGUUAAAAAUUCAAUCGCACGCAAUUAUGAUAUAAAAUUGCAUUUUAUUUUGUGAAAAUAAUUGAAUUUUUUCAUCAAUUUUGUGUCUUUCAUCGAAAAAAUUUGCCAAUUUUCUGCGAAAAUGCGUGUAAUUGUGAGAAAAUGCAGUGUCUAUACCAAGAUAUUCAUUUUAUUUUAUUUGAUCGAGCACAUUUUUGGCAGGCAAUUUUACGAAAUCAACGACAAGUAUCCAAUCGCCGUUCAACCAUUUCAUGGGGCAUCUAAUACGGUUCAAAGACGAUUCGGUAGACAUGAGCAUAGAAAAGGAUCAAGUGAACAAUUUGACAAUAAAGGUGACAUAGAGCUGAAGUCGAUCCGUAAAAAACCGCGUCAUGUCACAGAGAAAAAAUUCUGUGUUCGAUGCCCGAAGGCAAUAACAGCUAUAGCUCGUGAAGGUUUGGAUGGUAUUCUGGUUGAGCUACCAUCGCCACGUGCAUGCCGAACAAAUUUGCCAUUUUCCGAAAAUCUAUUUAAAAUUGAAACUCUCUUCGGAUCCGAUAUGCCGUUCAUUUUGCCAAGAGGUCGGCACAGUUUUCAUGCAAAAAUUCUAAAUGUUGAAACUGGCCUUGUGAUUCGCAGCUGCGUCUUAAAAUACCAUGUAAUCGUUAAGCAUUGUAAAGGUUAUCCGAAUUUGACAAAUAAGAAUGUGAGUAUGUCAUGCACGGCCGGCAUGAUUUGGGGUUCAAAGUGUGCGUUUGGAUGUAAAAAUGAAAAUGAAUAUCUGACACACCGUGAACCAAUGAUUUGCAACGAAAAACUCCAAUGGAGUGGUAUCGAACCAAAUUGUACACCGAACAUGAUUUCGGACAACGAAGUCUACUUAAAUGAAGAACCGGUAAAUGAUGGUAAUAGUGGAGAAUUUUGUUCGCAACCUGCGCCACCAGAAUUCGGUCGAUUUGUGUGCGAGGCAAAAAAUGACGACUUUCAAGAGCUUUCAAUCAAUCAAAACGAGAGCAAUAUCGAAAAUCUCAAAACAAUGGCACCGGGCAGUACAUGUCAUGUGCUAUGCGACCAUGGCUAUUCAAUUCCAUAUCAUUUGUAUUCUCUAUCGAAAAUUGAAUGCAUGAAUGGAGCAUGGAAUUUAACUGAUAUUGAUUAUUGCUAUAAAACUGCACCGCAACGGCGUCAACUAUCACGUGGGAAGCGCACAUAAAACUUUUUUCUAUUUACGCACAUUUGCACAAUUCACACCAAAAAUACACUCACAAAAAAUGAUGAACUUAACAAAAAAAAUGUUUUGAUUUUAGCAUCUCUCUGUUUUU